CUGUCAUGGUAUUGACCUCAGUGGCUGAUUACGCAUGCGCAGUAAGCUGACACAAUCAAAAGAAAGGAGGAAACCAGGACGAUUUUACCUGAUUACAGUGAUUUUGACAUAAACUUAGAAAUUUUGUUGGGGAAAUUUUGUUGAUAGAGGAAUAUAAGAUAGUAACAAGAUGACAGAAGUCAAGAAGAUGAAUACUAAUUUAUCAUCUGAUGAGGAUAUUGAACAAGAUGGUGAGGCAGCUGACGUUAUGAGUGAAAGAUUACAAAAAAUGACAGACACACACACAAAAUUAUAUUCGGAUAACACAAAGUCAAGGUGUCUCUCUGGUCAAGUUGAUUCUGGACUUGGUGCAAGUAUUGAGCUAAAAUAUCCAAGCCUGGAACAAACUCCGGAAUUUUUGGACAAAACGCCAGUACAGUGUUCGGAUGCAUAUGAAAGUUCGGAUAAUGAUUUGCAAAACAGACUCAGUAAGUUAAGUGUUUCAGACAAUACAGUGGAUGAGGGUCAUUAUUCAAUGGGUUAUAAGUCAGUUGAAAGUGUGAGCUCUGAACAGUCUGUGCCGGAGACCACAUUGAUUGACAUUGAUUUAACUGAAAGAGAUGAAGAUGGUGACACUCUUACACAUGUUGCGAUAGUUAAUUUGAAUGAUGAAAUUGCAAAGGUGUUCAUUGAUCUAGCAGAAGAUGCACACUGUUUGAACAUCCAGAAUUUCUUGUUACAGACUCCACUACAUUUAGCAGUUCUCACGUCACAAGUUGAUAUAGUUAGGGCACUUAUUGAGAAAGGGGUCGAUGUCACACUUCGGGAUCAACAAGGCAACACUCCUCUACACAUAGCCUGCAGGAAAGGGGACAGAGAUUCUGUUUCAAUGAUAGUUCAAUCUUUUGGAAGUGAUGUUGCAAGGCGUAAAAAAUACUUCUCAAUUAAAAACUGUGAAGGAUUAACGUGCCUGCAUGUAGCUGCUCAAUAUAAAGAGUUUAUCAUACUCGGACAUUUAUUCGCGAAGGGGGCGGACGUUAAUAUUGGUGAUGCUAAGAGUGGAAGAACUAUGCUCCAUUACGCUGUUGAAAGAAAAGACAUAGAAACAGUGUCUUUACUAUUGACUCAUCCACAUAUUGAUGUUGAAUGUAAAACAUUUAAAGGGGAGACACCUCUUGUUCUAGCCUUCUGGAGAAACUACCAAGAGAUUGUGAAACGAUUAAAAGCAAAAGGAGCAUACUUCAGUUAUGAUGUUUUCGAGGAAUCAGAUGAUGAAAGUUCAACGUGAACACAUAAUGUCUUAUAACUUUUAAGUUAUUAAAGCACUUCUGUUGGAGUUGUACAAACAAUAUGUUGCCCAGGGUUGCUCAGUAAAUUUUAUGUUUCGCAAGGAAGGAGGGGGUACCAGUAUCUUACAGGGAGGAGAAAGGGGUACCAGUACCUGAAUGUAGUAUGAUGCUAAACAAACAAGUGCUUGCUGAAAAUGGUUGAGCAAAAAGAAAUGACUUUGUUUUCGACAAAUUGUAUUUAAUACAAACUUAGUCUUGUGAUAUGACAGAUAAUAGACAUUUCUGUAUAUUAAUAAUACAUGUACUUGUUUUAUAAAAACAAUUCAUUAUAACUAUGUUAAUUAAUUUAAUUAACAAAUUUAGUAAGAAACUGUAUCAUUUUGUAAAUUAUGUUAAUCAUUGUUAAUCUAUUAGUUUGAAAUUACCUUAAUUAGUACACAAAUUCAGGGGAUAAAUAGUUCACCGCAAAUCUUUCUUAUUUACAUACGCAAUUAAUGAUUUUAUACAUAUAGAUGAUCACAUGACGUAUAUUGUAUACUGGCCAAUAAUGAUAAACCACAAAGUUUUACUGAUAAGUUUAAACCUAUAGUCUGAUAUGUGUCUAUACUUGUACUUCCUUUUUAAGUGCAAUUUAACUGAGUAGCUGUUUAAUAGACUUUACUUUAAAUUUAGAUAUCAAAGAUCUGUAAGACAUUUUUAAAGAAAAAUAAAGGAAAAGAAAAUAACAGCUGUGAAUUAUUAAUUUUAUGAAUUAAAAAGGAAAUUGAUUGAAAUUUUUUUUUAAAUUUUUUAGCAAAGGUUUCUUGUACAUGUGCAUGGUAAUAUAUUUUACAUGGCUAAUCAGAAAAUUGUCUGUUAAUUUGAUGUAUUUUUUUAAUGACUUUAAUUUUUGCCACUGUUUGAGAAUAUUAUUUGAAUGCAUUCAGAUCUAAAUAGACACUGUGAUAAUUAACCAAAACCAUUUAAAGUACAUAGAAAAAUGAAGACUUCCUUUUUCUAAAUCAGACAAAAAAUAAAUAUAUUGUCCAACCUAUUUUAUUAAAAGAGGAAGUUUUAGUUGUAACAUGUGUUUCUAAGUUUAUCCAGUUAAUUUACUUUGGCCUCAGAAAAUGCGGGUGUUUUGUGAAAGUUUCAUGGUUUUAUUUAUUUUUCUGUUUUGUUUUGAAGGUAAUAAAAUACAAAAAAACCUA